AACCUGGUGGCCUUCACGUCUAUAUAUACAAUUUACAGCAAAGCAAAUCUUUGUCAUGCAGCUUAGAAGCUCCCACGUUCAUCAGAAAAGCAAGUUUCAUGUAUAACCUGCAAUCAAUCAUUUCAGAAACCAAAAAACUAUAAAUACUACUCCAUCAAAUCCAAUAUCUCAUAACCCCACAAGACUUUUCCUCCCAAUUAGUCCCUCCAAUAAGCACCAAUAAGCUUCAAAUUCAAUCACCAUUUCAAGAAAAUGGCAAGCACCCAGCUCUUAAUUCUCAUCUCUUCACUCAUGCUCUUCCAAUUAACCCUCCCCACCAUAACUUCAGCUGAGCCAGAGAAGAAAAUCGAUGUGGUGGUUGAAGGAAUGGUGUACUGCCAGCACUGUGAGCACUCUGGUUCAUGGUCUUUGUCUGAGGCCAAGCCAAUCCCAGCUGCCAAUAUCAGUGUCAUUUGCAAGAACUACAAGGACCAAGUGAGCUACUACAAGGUGUUUGAAACUGAUGGGAAUGGGUACUUCUAUGCACAACUUGAAGGCUUCACAAUGAGCCAAUAUCUAGUGGAACAUCCACUCCAAUCGUGCCAUGUCAAGCCUGUGUCAUCUCCUCUAAAAGAUUGCAAUCUUCUUACAAAUAUCAACUAUGGACUCUAUGGCUCCCCACUUCGUUUUGAAGGCAAGAAAUUGUAUGGAAGCAAUUAUGAGGCUGUGAUCUAUGCUGCUGGGCCCUUGGCAUUCCGUCCAGACCAUUGUCCACCACCAACUCAUGUCUAAUCAUUUCUUUGGAGUUCAAAUUAAAU